AUGCACGCCAAGUUCGUCUUGAUGCCCGUCGACGAGUUCAUGGACGAUUUUGUCCCUAAUUUUCAGAACCCACUGGAUCAGCAAAAGCCAGACUUUAUCGACGCCUUCGAGAACAUGCCGGGGAACAACAAACGAGAAUUCGACUUAUACAAACCUUUUGUCGACUGCGUGGAGGAUGCGAAGCUUUGUCCUGGUCAUACUCUUCGACUUGCUCAAAACAAGGCCGAUCCUGACGACCCUAGCCGACAGAAGGUCGAUGCUGCUCUUUUUCGAACGUCAGACAACGUUCCUGAGGACGAUCGGCCACAUUGGGCACUUCAGCACCUGUCCAUCGAGUUUAAGCGUCAUCGUACCUGGGACGAUCCGUUUGAAGACAAGAAGAGAAAGCCGAAACGUGCACACAAGACCACCAAGGUAGACGACGACGUGGGGAUAUCUCCUAAACCAGAGCAACUCAGCCAUGAAGACCCAUCCUACAUGCCGAAAUCUGGAAGUUUGCUUCCGGGCGACUCAUUAGCGGACGUCAUGGGCAAAGGUCCCCACGACAUGUCUCGAUUUGCGCGGCUGAACGACGUGUGGGUGCUCAAAAACUCAAGGAAGUAUGACCAUUUCUAUCCUUCAAUUACCAAGAUGGUCGAUACAGACGAGGACCUCUUCCAGACACCUCCCAUUUCAUUAAGGGCAGAAGACAAUGCCAAGGCCAUCUUCAUGACUGCUGCUGAGGCGGACGCUCAACGACGUACUGCUGUCCGCGGGCAGAUUAUUUCAUACGCCAAGAUGAUCUUCUCCCGCCAACACCGCUGCUUCGUAUUCACUGUUCUUAUCCUGGGCGAUUGCGCGCGGAUUAUUCGCUGGGACCACGCUGGUGCCAUCGUCACACAUAAAUUCCACUACAUGACCACGGAACAUCUCAGCGAAUUCUUGUGGCGGUUCUCUUACAUGACUGUCAUGCAGCAAGGGUAUGAUACGUCUGCUGUGCCUGUGGUGUCUGGAUCGGCCGACUAUAAGCUAAUGCAAAAGAUGGCUGUGCCAGUGGACCCCUCUGAUCGAUCUAAGAAUGACUAUGCAAGACAGUCGUUUGUCAAGUCGCUGAAUCUCAAGGACUUCAAAGAAGAUGGUCCAGACGAGUGGCUGUGCUGGAAAUUCACUAUCAUACCAGAGAAGCGGAGGCAGAAGGGCGACGUUUCCGCAGAUCGACCCGCCAACCCGGAGGCCAGUUCAGGCGAAUGUAGAGAGAUGCAUUUUCCCCAGGGCGAACCAAAAGCCAGCUGCGCGACACUUCCUGUUGAUUGUGAGAGGGAGAAGUUCGUUUUCCUCAAGGAUGCAUGGCGUGUUGAUCUUGAUGACAUCGAGAUGGAAGGACAUAUUCUCGCGACUCUCAACAGAGAGAAGGUGGAGAACGUCCCAACUCUUGAGUGUCACGGAGACGUUGAAGGCCGGUUCCAGCAGACUGUGACUCACAGCUAUCUCAAGCUAGGCCAUCCGGACGACCUGAAUCCUAUCAAGAAGCAUUCCCACUACCGCCUCGUUGUCGAAGAAAUUUGUCGUCCGCUGAAGGAUUUCAAGAAUACUCGGGAGCUGGUGAAGAUCAUUGCAAAUUGCAUCCAUGCUCAUCGGCUGGCCACUAUCAGGGCCCGAUUGACACAUCGCGACGUCAGCGCAGGAAAUCUGCUUAUUAAUGAAACGGUUGUGAAGACGGAUGGUGAGUAUGAGACGGUCAGGACAGGGCUGUUGUGUGAUUGGGAGCUAUCCAAACCGAUUGAAGACGAAGACGACGAGAACCAGGAGGACAUCGAUUCGGAGGAAGAUUUAAGCCGAGAAAGUGACGCCAAUAAUCUGGAGAUACAGAAUGUUACCUUCAAACAGAAGAAGCCGAGACAACCUGACCGCACCGGUACUUGGCAGUUUUUGUCCGCCCUCCUGCUGGACUAUCCCUGGAAGUCUGUUACGAUCCCAGACGAGCUCGAGGCUUUUUUCAACGUCCUCUUGUUCCAUGUUGUCCGGUACACCAACAGCACCGUUCGAAACGUCCCGGUGUUCAUGUCUCAAUACUUCGACGAAGGCACAAUAGACUCGCUGGAUGUCCAGUAUACUUGCGGCUCUGCAAAACGCAAUGCCAUAGAGACGGGCACCCUGAAGGAAAAGAUGAAGAAGCCCAUCACAUUUCUUGACAAUAACGGUUCAGACCAUCUUCCUCUGAACACCAUCAUCAAAGAGCUUUUGCAAUUGUUUCAGGCACAUUACUCGGUGACCCUUCCUGCCCUUCUACAGGCCCAGACGGCAGACCAAAGUGUCCACCGCCAGAAAGAUUCUGACCAGCAGCUUCUGGACCGUGCCCAAACCAGCUCCGAAGCGGCUGCCGAUGGAAAUACGAAAAAGCGGUCUAUCCAAAAUAUGCUGGAUGCGCAGCUGGAGGCUAAGUGGCAGGCAGAAUGUACCACCUACACUCAUAAGUCCUCUGGCGAGCUGAAAACCCCAGAGACGCGGCUCACUCGAAAGAACAGAGCUGCUGCUGAGAAAUUGAAGACGCAAGACUACGUGUACGAUUUCUUGCUGCGGAUGUAUUUCCAGAAGAAGUGGCCGGAGCACGAUAAGAUUGGCGAUAGAAUUCCGCCCCACUACAGCUACGCGGACUAUCGAGAGAGGGGACUCAGGUUUCCUCCACCAGCGUCUUCUAGCUCUGGAUCAGAGAGCCCUUCGGAAGCUCUUCGAAGGUCCCGUCCGAGCAAACGUCCCAGAUUGCCAGUGCCAGCUCCCAGUUCCACGUCUCGUGGUCGGCCGCCAUCAUCGUAUGCCCGGCGUAAGGGCAAACAGCCGGCGAGGCCGAACGCCAUUGCCAGACGGUUUUGA